AUGUCAGCAGCUGGACGGCCUCGUCCUAGCUCCCUCCGCCCACCACAGCAGAGAGUUCCCAUCACCUUCACGGAAGACGACUACGGCACAGACACCGGCGAGGAGGACGACCCGAUUGUCGUGGAGGCCCUCAUCGCAAACGGUAAGGUACGGCGGGUGCUCAUCGAUACAGGUAGUUCUACUGACAUAAUAUUUUAUGAUGCUUAUAAAACCUUAGGCUUAUCUGUAAAAGACCUGAUCCCCUAUGACCACGACUUGAUCGGGUUCACUGGGAACAGAGUUCUGCCAUUAGGAUAUUUUAAUGCAUACCUCUCCCUAGGAGACCCUGAUGUUUGCAGGACUGUCAAGGCCUGGUUUUUGGUGGGGAAAUGCCCAACAGCCUACAACGUCAUAAUCGGCAGACCAAGCCUCAAUGUCUACCGGGCCAUCGUCUCCACCCACCACCUGAUGUUGAAGUACCCAUGGGCUGGAAGGGCGGUUCCCGUACGCGGAAACCUGACCAUGGCCAGGGGGUGCUACAACUCUAGCUGCAGAUUGGCGCGAGAGGAUCUCAAGAGGAAAGAGCCCGACCACGGGAAAAGAGUCGAAAGCUUCCACCUCCGAGCAGGAGCAUGCUUGACCGACAUCGACCCGCGAGUGGACCAAUCCAGAGAGGAUCAGCGUCUUAAGCCGGAUGGAGAGGCACGACCUGUCCAGGUCGGCCGCGGCCCUGACCAGACCACCAAACUGGCACGAGAUCUCCCUCAGGAUCUCUCAAACCGACUGGAGGCCCUCCUGAAGAGUUACGGGCACUUAUUUGCCUGGUCGUCCGCGGAUAUGCCGGGCAUCGACCCAGCAUUCUGCAGUCACAAGCUUUCAGUGGACCGAAAAUUCAAGCCAGUGGCCCAGAAAAAGAGACAAAUGAGCGCGGAGAAGCAAGAAGCGAUCAGGGAACAGACGACGGAACUUCUGAAGGUCGGGAUCAUUCGCGAAGUCAAGUACACUACUUGGCUUUCGAACGUGGUCCUGGUGAAAAAAUCCAAUGGGAAGUGGAGGAUGUGCGUUGACUACACGGAUCUGAACAAGGCCUGCCCUAAGCAUCCCUUCCCCCUCCCCAGCAUCGAUGCUUUGGUGGAUAACUCCUCGGGGUACGAAUACUUGUCCCUUAUGGACGCGUAUUCUGGGUACAACCAGAUUCCGAUGAACAGAGAAGAUGAAGAGAAGACCGCUUUUAUCACCGAUCGGGGGACAUACUGCUACACUAUGCUCCCAUUCGGUCUGAAAAAUGUUGUGGCCACCUACCAGCGAAUGAUGACCAGAAUCUUUGGGGCGCUCAUUGGUUCAGUCGAAGUCUACAUUGAUGACAUCAUCGUGAAAACACCAAAGGGAGGCGACCAUGCAGCCGAUCUGGCAGUUGUGUUCGAACAGUUGAGGAAACACAAUAUGCGCCUCAACCCCGAAAAAUGUACCUUCGGCGUCAAGAGCGGGAAGUUCUUGGGAUAUAUGCUCACAAGCCGUGGGAUUGAACUAAACCCCGAAAAGUGUCAGGCUAUUGUGGAAAUGAAAAGCCCUAGGAUGGUCAAGGAAGUCCAGCAAUUGGCGGGGCGGAUGGCAGCAAUCGGGAGAUUUCUCCCCAAGGCCGCCCUGAGAGCCCUACCCCUUUAUGCCUUACUAAAGAAAGGAGCGAACUUUACCUGGUCGGAAGAAGCUGAACAGGCUUUCUCCCGGCUGAAAGAGAUUCUCACCUCUCCACCAAUCCUGUCAAGUCCAAAGCCAGGGGAGCCCCUGUACUUAUACUUAGUUGUUCGAGACAAGGCAGUGAGCUCCGUACUGGUAAGAGAGGAGGCAGGAGUCCAACUCCCGGUUUACUUCGCCAGUUGCUCAGCGCUCAAGGGAGCUGAGCUCAGAUAUCAGAUGCUCGAGAAAGUUGCACUCGCCCUCCUAACCACUGCCAGACGGCUCAGAAAGUACUUCCAAUCUCAUAGCAUCAUUGUCCGCACUGAUCAACCGGUCAAACAAGUCCUCCAUAAGCCAGAUCUAGCCGGUCGAAUGGUGGGUUGGUCGAUCGAGUUGUUCGAGCAUGACAUUCGCUACGAACCCAAACGUGCGAUCAAAGCGCAAGUCCUAGCAGACUUCCUGGUGGAACUCACGAGCGACGAAAACCCACCAGCAGAAAUCUCCUGGGUCGUCCAUGUGGAUGGCUCGAGCAACAAAGAGGGAGGCGGUGUUGGGAUCGUCCUCCAAAGCAACUCAGGGAUGGUCGUAGAACAGUCGCUGCGUUUUAUCUUCCCGACCACCAACAACCAAGCUGAAUAUGAAGCUUGCAUAGCCGGUCUGGUGACGGCGCGAGACCUGGGGGCGCAGGACAUACUCGUCUGUUGCGACUCUUUGCUAGUGGUCUCCCAGGCUAACGGCGAAGCACAGGCCAAGGACCCAAUUCUGGAACAAUACCUCUCCCACUUGAGACGGCUGGCUGCAACCUUCCGUAAGGUAGAAUUCCGCCACGUCCCAAGAGCUCAAAACGACCGCGCGGAUACCCUAGCAAAGCUGGCUAGCACCGGGAAACCCGGCCUGAACAGGACAGUCAUUCAGGGAACCCUUGCCCUCCCCUACGUCUCAGACCCCGACCGCCCCGCUGGAGUCAACACCCUAAGCGUUGGCGCGGACGAUGAUUGGAGGGCCCCAAUUGUUAAGAACCUCACAACGGGCUGGCUUCCACCCGACAAGUUGGAGGCAAAGAAGUUGACUAGAAGUGCUUCCUGGUACACCAUCGUAAACGGGGACCUCUUUAAGAGAGGAUUUUCCACCCCACUCCUCAAGUGCUUGUCGAAGGAACGAGCAGAGUAUGUGCUCGCGGAGAUCCAUGAGGGUAGCUGUGGCCACCACCCGGCGGGCGUUCUCUGGCAAGAAAGGUCCUCCGGGACGGCUAUUACUGGCCCACCCUGGAGAAAGACGCUGCCGACCACGUCAAACACUGUGACCCGUGCUAGAAACAUGCCGACCACCGCUUAG